CCGCGGGCUUAUGAGUUACGGAGAGAGAACGCUCGAUUAUUCAGUCCUCAGUUAGUUCACGUUAUAACGGUAUAGGCCUACGCUGUCCUGCCAGAGUCCCGUUCGGUUCUCAGCAUGUAUUUUAAAUAAUCGAUAAUUUGAAGUGAGAAAUCAGUGCACUUGUGAAAUACCCGCCGAACCUUGAGAAUGAUCCGCCCGGCUUCGUUGAUUCGCGACGAUGAUCAGUUCCCACAGUUCCAGGCCAAUGCCAGUCACAUACGGGAGGAUUCCAUCGAUUGUGGCAUCAGGGCGUGCAAUUGCUGCAACGGUCCGGGAUGUCAACGACUGGGAACGACCACUUCGUUUCUGGUGAUUCUGUCGCUGUUGGGAUUUGUUCAGGGUGGGGUCGAAGCGUACUUCCGGAUCGCUGCCCACCAAGCCGCCAGUGAACAUGACCUGGAUCCGUUCAUCGUGGAUUGGCUGCUGGUGACAAACGGGAUAGCUCAGGGCGUGUUUGCACUUUUGGUGGCCUAUUGGGGCAAUCGAUUGCACCGUAUCUCCUGGCUGGGAGGAACUUUUAUGCUACAAUCUGUUGGACUGCUGCUGCUGAUCAUACCAACGCUGAGUCACAAUUCAGAUGACUCCCAAACGAUUGCUGCAUCGCAAGUGGAAAAUGUAUGCAUCCUAGAACAAUCUGCCGAAAUCCAGAUGGAGCAUCCUUACGCUAUCACCACUCUGGUGUUGAUGUUCGUCGCCCAGGCCGUCAUCGGUAUUGCCAACAUUGCUUUCUACUGCUUGGGCAUGAGCUACAUGGAUGACAAUUUGCGGGAACACCAGAGCCCUGGUUACAUUGGAUGCGCCCUUGGAGCCCGGAUCUGGGGCCAACAAUUUGGCCUCGCGGUAGUGCUGGCCGUUGGCGCAACGUCCCUGAGCUGGUGGCUCGGUUGGGUCAUAAUUGGCCCCAUAGUUUUCAUACUGGGCUUCCUAAUCGCUCUCUUCCCGAAGAGACUACUUUCCACACUAGUCCGUCAGGCAGCAGAUGACAUCAUAGAAACUGCCACCAACAACAGUACCCAAUCCUUACCCGGCCACAAGUGGUUGGCCGACAUUGCUUUUGCACCAUCACUGAAGCGCGUUUUCACCAACGGUAUUCUGAUCUUCAACGUGUUGGCGCUGGUGUUUGUACAUACCGGAAUCACCAACUUCAAUGCUCACGAGCAAAACUACCUUCAGUCACGCUUCUUCCUGCCCACAUCCAAUGUCAACGGGUUAAACGACGAGUGGACUUCCAGGCUGAUCACAAACCUGCUGCGGCCGCCGGUGGUGGCGAUGGCUAUUGUUGUAGCUGGGUUGAUCAUUGCCAAGGCGAAUCCCAGCCCGAGAAAAAUCGCUGGCUGGAACAUCUUUGUAGGUCUAGUCGCCGUCGGCCUGUUUGUCGCAUUCAUAUUCCUCUCGUGCGAAAACGAACGGAUUGCCGGUGCCUACCGGGGUAGGCUGACUAAGCCGUUCUGUGCUUCGAACUGCAUUUGCUCGGAAAACGUUCCGUUUUCGCCGGUAUGCCCACAGGACAGCGUGUUUACCUACUUCUCGCCGUGUCACGCGGGAUGCCAGAAUAGGACCGAAAUCAACGACGUCACGGUCUACACGGAUUGCACCUGUGGAAUCGACACGGAACUGGUACUGGCCGAGGGCGGAAUCGCCACAGUGGGAGCGUGCGGAAUGGCCGAUUGUCAGAAGUAUUGGAUCAUUUUCCAGGUGCUCAGUGUCGUCGUUUCGGCUUUGUUGGCAUCUGCGUUGAUCGGGAAAUUGAUUAUCUCGAUUCGCACGGUGCUACCACAGGAUAAGGCACUGGCGCUUUCUGUGGAGAUGACCCUGGUCGGACUUGUCGCUUAUCUACCGGGGACAGCUGCCUAUCAGGCUAUUGCUUUACAUGCCUGUCAGUUUUGGUCAACCGAUCAGCGAAGAUGUUUCAUCCAUGAGAAUCCAUUCUUCGGUACAACCUUAAAUAUUCUAACCUUAGUUUUAAUUGCAAUUGGUGUACUGUUUGAGAUUCUGGUAUUCUAUUUCGUUCGAGAUCUUCCACUCUACGGGAACGAUCUCGACGACGCCUACAGCCCCAUCGAGAUGCGACUAAUGACGCAACAGGCGAGAAUUAGUUCCCGUCAGACCACUUCCCCCGAAACGGAAGCUCAACCGUUCAGUCUUCUUCAAGAGCAACCCGACACAGACCCAACGGCGCAAUCCAACAGCAUAAUGCAAGCCUCUACCAUCCCGGCACAAGAUUCGCCCAUCAUCCGAUCUAUACAGGACAGCCAGGAAGAUUACCCCAGAAACCAUCGAUCCGUUUCGCCCAUAGCCGGUCCAUCAUCUCCCAACGCUUACGCCCAAGUCAUCCGACAAUUGCCAACCCGAACGGCGUCCAGCGACAUCGACGAUCAGCUCGACUUCCGAUCUGCCAGCAGUCUUCAACCGGACAGGACGGAUGAUGACGAUACGGAGGACUCCGAGGACACCCAGUUGCACAAAUCGAACGGACCACUGUCGAACCUUCGGGACUAUUCGGGCAUGAAUCCGGCGACUUACGGAGCAGCCAGCGGACUGCGACCUCUGGAUUUGCUACAGUCCAGUGUUGCUAGUAGCCCAGGGGGUUUUGGAAAUCCAUCGAGAGCGACGACCACGAAUAGAACUGGACGGCCGAUGAGUCCAGAAACGGACUUUUAGAUUGAAUCAGUGUUCGUAGUAGUGUAAGGAAAUAGUUUUACUAGUAUUAAGUUCUAAUGCCUAAUAAAGUAUUGUAGACUGACAA